AUGGCCAAAAUCAUUCGAAAAAUAUAAUAAUAUCGUCUAAUUUGUACACGUUCUUCUUUAAACUUAAUAAUGAUACGCGCGUAAUGUGUAUUAUUGUAUUGGUAUUGAUGUUCCAAUGUUCAGAAGGAAAUUGACGUAUUUUCGCAAAAACGUCGAACAUCAAAAAUGCCAGUCGCACAGACACGUUUAGAACAACUUCAAGUGCUCAAAUUACUUCAAUCUGUUCGCGCUGAAGACAGGACUCAGAUCGAAAAACUUGCAACGAAUGGUAUUCCUGAUUUGAUAAAUUAUUCAGAAGCUGAAAAUGGUGAUACAGCGAUGCACAUUGCUGCUUGCAAGAAUAAUGAUAACAUGAUAUCAUUUUUACUGGAUAUGGGAGCUAACCCAAAUGUAGUGAACCAACAAGGUCAAACACCUGUAGUGAAAGCUGCAGAAUAUGGUCACAUUCAAUGUUUACAAAUACUGGCUGAUGCUGGAUCUGAUAUGACAGCUAGAGACAAAGAGGGCAAAGGUAUUCUGUUUUACUGUUUGACAUCAACAAAACGUCACUUGACUGCAAUGAAGAUUGCCUUGGAACAUGGAGCAAAUGUCAAUAAUGUGAGCAAUGAUGGAGAACCACUCAUAGUCAAAGCUGCUGAAGAUGGACUUGAAGAAUUUUUGGAAGAACUUUUGCAUGCUGGGGGUGAUCCAAAUAGUAAACACUUGAAAACAUCAUUUUCUGCACUUCAUGCGGCAGCAGCCUCGGGGAGUGUUGAAUGUGCAAGAUCCAUUCUCGAGGCUGGGGCAGACGGAGAUGCCUUGGAUGGAAAAAAUACUCACGCAGUUCAUCUGGCCACGGAGAAAGGUCAUUACGAGGUUAUCAGAGUUCUUGCUGCAUACGGAGCUGAUCUUGGAAAAGUGAACACCGAAGGAAAUACAGCGUUACAUAUCGCGGCUGUGAAAGGAUAUGCACAGAUUUGCAAAUUUCUGGCACAACGAGGCUGUCCAUCAGGCUUGAAGAAUAAAGAAGGUAAACUAGCAAGGAUUCUUGCUAAGGAAAAUGAACAUAAAGACGUGAUGAAGGAGUGCAAAAAGGCUGAGAAAGCUGAAGCCAAAGGAAGAGGAAGUAAACCAGGCACGGAGCCUUGGGCUAUCAGACUCUACGAUUGGACGUUGGAACACCAGGAUAAGAUCGUUGAUUUGUUUUAUAAAUUCGACAUAGAAAGAGAAGAUGGCAGUCGCUCAGGAAAACUAAGCAAAGAUAAUCUGAUGACGUGUUUAUUAACACUAAGUGCACCGAUAGACAACGAACUAUUAAAGAAAGUCAUUGACGCUCACGACCCCAACAAAACAGACUCGAUUGAUUACUCUGUUUUCUUAACUGGAAAGAAAUUCGUCAACAAGCUUUAUCUCGUCGGUGCUGUGAAGAAAAAGAAGAAGAAAGGUGGCGGUAAAAAAGGAAGGAAAAAAAAGGGCAAGACUAAAGUGCCUCUGCCAAUCUGUACAGCUCCAGAAGGACCGAGAACUAAAAAUGGCGGACCACCUUCACAGUACAUUGAACGAUGUGUGCUUUUUACAGACGAGUCAAGGUUCGAUCGUGAUAACCCGCCCGUUCAUCCGAUACAAGAUGAUUCAGCUUGGUAUCUACAUUCACCUGACCCAACUUAUGUCAAUCUCAGCGACGCGGUGAAGUUUGGUGACUUGGAGUCGAUAAAACUCGCAAUUAACAAUGGUACACCGGUGAAUCAGCGUGAUAAAUAUUAUAAAACGCCACUUAUGAUUGCUUGUCUUUAUGGAAAGAUUACAAUCGCACACGCUCUGCUUGAUAUGGGUGCUGACCUUAAGUCACGUGAUAAUUUUUUCUGGACUCCACUUCAUCAUGCCUGUCAUUGCGGUCAGUUGGAUAUCGUCAAACUGUUGCUUGAAAGAGGAGCCGAUAUUGAUGCGAAGGCCAUCAACGGAGGGACUCCACUUCUGCGAGCUAUCGAAAGUUCAAAAGAAAAUGUUGUUAGCUACCUGAUCUCAAUGGGAGCAAAAGUUCAGUUGGAAAACAAGAAAGGUCACACUGCAUUGGAUGUUGCCAAAGCUUAUGCUGAUCCAAGAGUUUUGGCUGUCGUUCAGAAACGAUGGGAUGAAAUCCCUCCACCUGUUGAUAAAAAUAAAAAAGGAAAGAAGGGUCGAAGUACUCCUAAAAGAUUGAAAUCCGCCGGGGAAAAGAAGACCAAAACCAACACUCCUGUCUCUGUUGAGGGUGAAAAGCAGGAUGCCAACGAUAAUAAUGAUCUUCCGCCAUUAUUACACAAGUCAUCAGUUCUUCGAGCUGCCUCAGCAUUGGGUAUCGUGGGAGAACAACAGAGAUCUAUCGCAUUUGUUCCACAUAAAGCCUGGAUACCACAAGCAACAACGGAGGAUCUGUUACGAGAGCGAGAGACUCGGAGAUUGCGAUACGGUUUUGAAAUAGACUUCCCAGAAUACAAACCGCCAUUUCAAAAGAACGUAGAUAUACGCGUCACAGAGUUAGCAAAACAAGAUAGCUGACCAUGGUUAGGUGAUCCAAUGGAUGGGUAAAGAAAGCGGCAUGGCUCGUUGAAGCGCAUUGCUGACUACAUGGUCGGAACUUACGGGGUAGAUUCAGAAGUAUCUCUACCCUUCAUUAUCGACGGGUUUCAAGUAAGCUUGGUAGGAUAGCAAAUGGUGGUCAUAUUUGACACUGCUGAGAAAAUUGAACUACAUUUUUCAUUAAUAUACUGCAUAAUGUUUAUGCAAUCAAAUCACUGACAAUAUUGACCAUCAUCUGCUAGCAAACUAUAGCAAUGUUUAAACCCAACUAUAAUAUCGCUAUCAGUGGAGGGAUUCUGCUAUAUGGUCAGCUUGCCCAACUAACUGGUAGAGAUUGGAGCUUGUUUGAUAGAUUGGAGCUUGUUUGAUAGAUUAGAUAGAGUUUUGUGCUGCCUUGAGAUGUUUUUACUACCAAUAUCAAUUAUCUUACUCACUUUCUACUCAUUACCGACGGUUGUCAGCCAUUGAACUUUAGAGAUGUUUAUAGUUUAAUAUGUUGUUUUUCAUAUUGCAUUUGUAGAGUAAAUAUUGUAAAACAAUUUUUGUAAUAAAAGUAACGGGAGAUACGUAACUGUGAAGGUACUUUUUCAG